AUGCAGAACCCUGAGCUCUCCAUCCUCAAUGCCGAGUCUUACGACGAUGGCACGUCGAAGUUUCGUGCACCGAGAAGUCUACCUUCGGGGAGAUCCCGGAAAGUGACCCGCGAUGAGCCGACGACGUCAAAAAAGCGGACCAAGGCCCAGUCCUCUGAGGCGGGCGAACUUGAAGAGGAAGAAAAGAAAAGAUCGCGAGGUAGACCACGUCUAGAUACUAACGAUGAGACGGCGAAAGAUAGAGCCUAUCGCAACCGCAAGGAAACAGCCAUUCAGUCACUUGAGAAGAAGGUUGACGAUCUCAGGCGCACUAAUGAAGAAAUGAGCAAGGCGUUCAUGAAACUCUAUGAUUUUGCCGUUAGCAAGGGCAUGCACGAGAGCACACCCGAGUUUGGACUGCAACUACAGGUGACGACGGAGAAAUUCGUCUCGUUGGCACGGAGAUCGAGCGAGGAGCCCGAAAAGGACGGCGAACCGCCCGCCAGCCAGGAAAACGAGGGCGAGGCGCAUGAGGCCAGCCCAAGCAGAUCCCACGAAAAGCACAGCGACAAGUCGGGCUCGCCCGACGCCGUCAAGCCCGUGGAGACGCUGUAUGGAGGCUAUACAGUCAGCCACGGGGAAGGUCCGCCGCACUCGACACCUCACUCCUCCCAAGCACUGACGGCAGUGCAUACGACUUCAUGGGCCGGUGAGAGUCAAUCUCACACGUCAUACUCGGCACUCACCCAGGCUCCUCUGGGUUACGAGAUUGUGACAGAGCCGACAACAGACAAUGCUAGUUUCCCUUUUGGUAUGUCUCUAGAAGAGAGCUUUGACCAGCAAAGCUCCCUCGGCCUAUCUGACCAACCCAUCUCCGAAUCCCUCUUCUCCCUCAUCGCUGCGCCGAGCACGUUCGCGUACCAGGAACGCACGUUCGGACGGCGGCUCCAGCGCUCGACGCUGGAGAAGGCUUACCUACUGGUGCGCAUGCCCGACCCGCCACCGAAUCUCAUGACCAGCGCCUUUGGCUUCUGCCUGCUAUUCGAGCCGAAAGAGCGCAUCUUGGAGCGAGUGACUAACUGUCUCAGAGUGAACGAACGCGAAACAAUGUUUAAUUGGAAGUUCCCCUUCUUGCAUCUGGGCGGUGGAGGCACGUGGUUUGGGGAAAUGAACGAGAUGGAUGAGUCGGCGUACCCGCGUGCGCUGAGGAAUCCGGUGGGGAAUCAGGGCACGACCGAGCCCCAUCGGCAAAAGGUCGAAUCGAUCUUUGGAUUGGGGCCCUGGGACGCCGAGACGGAGGAGAUGCGGGAUUUGAUGGUCAGCCAGGACCUUGACAAGCUCCGCAUGAGCGUGCCAGGGUUUGAAGGCGACUUUUAUGAUGCGGACGAGGUGGAAUGGGUCCUGCGACAGCGCGGAGUCGUCAUCCCGCCCGCCGCCGACUUCGUCACGGCCGAGAUCGAUCCCGCUGAUUUCUCGGUCGACACGAGCCCGGGGGGACAGGCCUUUGGGACGGGCACACAUAGCAGCGUCGCCGAUAUCAUCAGCGGGCUGGGUAACGGUGGGACGGGUUCCCUGGAGAGAUAUGCCAGGGAUUUGCUUGGUAUGAACUUGGAGCCGACUCGAGCAUCCGAUAUCAAGCUUGACGACGGGCAGUCCGCCGCCCAUACGAAUGGCGCGCCAUCUGCUCAUAAAAAUAUUGACCCAAGCCUUGGAGGUGACGCGUCCAGACCCAGCGAGGACUCAUCCAGCCAAGCUUCGAACGCAGCGUCGAGGAAGCGAUUGGUGACGAUCAAUGUUGGAGUCUUGAUCCAGGAAAUUGGAUUGAAAUCGGUUUGCCUCGGACGAUCUCCGGGCGUGCGGCCGAGAGAUCUCAACGUUGCAUUUUGGGCUUCGCUGGCUGCGUGA